AUGAGCCUGUGCACGCAAGGAGAUUAUGUGGCGUCAUCGGCAUGCAAAACAGCGUCCGCUUUUGGUUUCGGUAUGAUCGGAGUUUGUGCAUACGCCACGAAAGGAGAUGGCUCCUUCCUCGGGUUCAAGGUCAAACCUGUCGCCGCAGCAGGUACCGCUAUCCACUUCAUGGCGUAUGCUGGGUUAUCUGGCGACCCUCUGAACCUUAAGUGGGCGGGACGACGGAGAAGAGGUGGUGUUCACCGAUGCUCCGUGCUGUUGGGGUUACUUUCGCUCCCUGUGGAAAAGAUCCUCAUUGAGAUACAUCUAGUCGCAUUCGGAUUGUAA